AUGACGGAAAAAAAGGAAGUUGCGACGACAACGGGCUCACCACGGAAGCGACCGGAGCAAAGACACAUUGCAGACAACGAUAAAUUUCUCGGACGGUCGUCUAAUACACUGUUGGAUCUGAAGAGCAGUAUACUGCAGAAGUUGGCCGCGGGUGGCACAAAGUGGGUGAAGAAGCUAUUCUACAAGAUCUCUAUUGCGGUUGUGUCAACCGGCGUGCAAUACGAAAUGUUCGUGUUACGAACAGAUGAAGAUAUGCAGGUGUUGUUUCAUUGUCGUCAGAGUUUUCCAAAAGUGAGGAUACAUGAGUUUUUGCGAAGCUGGAACAUGGAAUCGAUAGUUCUGUAUCGGCCAGCCGGUCUAGUUGGGGCAUUCACCUCAACUCAUCCAUCUCCAGAUGUAGGACAUGAGGGAGAAUCGGAUCGGGUGGAAAAUGCUAUGCAAGAGGAUGAUUUUGAUGAAGAGCCUGCUGACAUUGGAGGGGACGGCGAGGAUGAAAUUGCGACAAACCCAGCAAGAUGUCAACCGCCGUCAAGUGCCGGCACACAUGAGCAACCUACACAUUAUUUUACCCUGGAUCUGGGAGCCAUCAGCCAACCGACGGAUUCAGCACCAACCUUUGGGGGUCGAGGCUUGUACGAGGAAAAUUCUGUAACUGAAUUUCAAGUUGGUCAAUCUUUCCAUAGUAAGGAGGAAGCUGUGCUUACUGUAAAGGAUUACAGCAUUCGGCGCGGAGUUGAGUAUAGAGUAAUGGAGUCAGAUCAUUUUAAGUACCAUGGGAGAUGCAAGGAGUUUGGGAAGGGUUGCACAUGGAUGAUUCGCAUCAGCCUUCGAGCAUGA